UGUGUGUGUGUGUGUGUGUGUGUGUAUGCAGUCGGACAAGCUGAACUCUCGUAUGAAGCAGCUGAAGAGGCAGCUUGAGGAGUCUGAGGAGGAGGCCCAGAGAGCCAACGCCAACCGCAGGAAACUGCAAAGGGAGCUGGAGGACGCCACCGAGUCAGCCGAUGCCAUGAACCGCGAGGUCAGCACCCUCAAGAGCAAGCUCAGGCGUGGGGACCUCCCCUUCACCAUGCGCCGCAUUGUCAGCCGCGCAGGCAUUGAGAGCGACGAGGAGAGCGAGCCCAAGAGCGAGACACCUGAGCCCAAGCCUGAAUGAACAGCCACAGUGUUCCCUUCUGUCCAUAGGAUUGAACUGCAACAGUCGUACAACACACACAAACCCAUACAUACACCACUUAAAGUAACGCAUGCACUUACAGGGGGACACAAACAUGAUACUGUAUGAUUUAGAGGCAGUAAAUAUACUUCACAGCCAAACCUCAGUCUGUCUUUUAAUGGGAGACUUGACAAUCUAUGUACACUUAUAUUCCAUACAAGCCAAUACAACAGUACUUCAGACAAUCACCAUACUGUCAUAACUCAUACAAAUUUGUGGGCCAAAUUUAUUUUCUCCUGCUUCAUUCUCUGGGAAAAAAAUAAAAAUGAAUGAUAUUUUUGUAAGGAAACAUUCCAUUAGAAAUAGUCUUUUUGGGCUCUUUUUCUAACUGAAGCAAGAACGAACGAAAUGAAUAUAAAUAAAUGAAGAAGGAUUACUCGAAGGGGACCAAAGUAAUAUCGCAAUCUAUAGAUUUGUAUUUUAUGCUGUAGUUUUUAUAAUGGUCAAGUAUGAAAGUACUACACGUCUAUUAUGGCUCUCGCUCGCUCUCACCUCAGUUUAUAAUGGAGGUUUAUGUGCUCAAUUGUACCGUAUUAAUUUAGCUGCAGAUAGUACUUAAAACAUAUGCUUUUGGGCUUAAGAAAACGAUACAUCUAUAGACGCACAAAAAGCACACAGAAUUAGAGAAACGCAUUAAUGUACAAACAUUUGAUUUGUGCUGAAUUGUCUUUUUGCACUGAGAUGUGUGACUCUGGAUUAGAAAUGAUAGACCGCUGGUGCAUUAAAUUGAAGACAUUGAUAGACGGCAGAUGCACCUCAAACAAGAAAAUACCAAUUCAGAGGAACUGCACGCUCCUAUGUAUUCAUGCCAACACACACUAAAGCCUUACAGUCAAAUUCUACUGUUCAAGGUUGUUAUUACCUGGAUCCACAUAUUUCUUUACUACUAUCAAUGUUUCUAUUGAUGCGCAGGGCGACGGUUACGGGGUGGUGGGGUAGUUUAUUACUCACGACACGCUGUAUUCUCAGAGCACUGCUUGGUGGGGUAUAGGGGUGGUUGAACAGAAUAAAGCAUGUUGGGAUAAGUUGGACGUUACAUUUUGCAGCGCCGUGGCCGAACACAUCACAUGAUAUCCUGAUGGCAUCUUUUUACUUUCUCUGACAGAUGACUCCCUGUUGAUAUGCCUGGCCAGGUGUUAAUCCCAUGUAUUUAAGGGAUGGGGUGAGGUGGAUGAGUGAAGGUGCUUUAGGUCUGGGUGAAGUGACCCCUGCAGGCUGUGCUCAGGGUUGCCUUUUUUGCUCACACUGCUGGGAAGUGAGAGGAAUUUGUUAUUAUUAAUGAUGGAUAACAGACAAAAGAUCACUCUCUCUCGCACUUGGAAGCAAAAAAGAAAUCUCAAUUUUGUACUGUUUAUUUUCUCUGCAGCUCUGAAAAAAACGACAUCUUGAUGAGUUGUGAAUUGUUGGUAUUGCAAUAAAUAUGGCUUUCUAAACUGCAA